AUGGCAAGCGAAAAAUAUAAAAAUGCAUUUAAUCGUAAUAAGUUAAAUAAAAUUGAAGAAUAUAAUAAAGAAUAUGAAAUGAUGAAGUUACAUAAUAAUAGAGAAGCAGGAACAAGAGGUUGUUUUAAUUUGAAUGAUUUUAUAUAUAAUAAAGAAAAUUCGAGAGUUUUAAAAAAAUUUAUUUUAUUUGUAUUAUUAAUUAUUUUAUCACCUGUUGUUUUAAUCGUAUUAUAUAAAUAUUUUUUUAUAUUUAUAUUAUCAAAAAAUAAUGCUUUAUUAUGUAGUCUUUAUAUAGUUAUAUUAUAUAUAAUAUGCCUAACUUUGUUAUAUGCAUAUUUGGCUUUUCAAGAAGAUGAAAAUUAUUCAAAGAACCAAAACCGGAAUUAUGAAAGAAAAAUGAAAUAA